AUGCAGGUGCACACUCCAAGAGCGUGCAAAAAGAAGCCGUUCGAGGCCACGCUGGCGGAUUGUAUCACCCCGGAGAAGCAUGCCAGACCGGCGAACAUGGCGGAGACUUUGCAUCCCUGUGGCGAGGUGCCGUGGAAGCCCGACGCAGCCGAGUUUGCUGCAGCACCUGCUUCUUCUGCAAAAGCGGCAUCCUUGAUGCCCUUCAGGUCAUACUAUGCGGAACAUAUGCGGACCAUCAAUCCGGACUCAAUGCAGAUGCUCUACUCCAAGUUCCUGGUCUUGCCAAAAGGGCCGACGGAGAGUUCGGAAGCGACAAAGCAGGCCAAUUCAUUCAUUGUCCUCGGAUUCCUCGGCGAGGGACAGUUUGGUGUUGUGCGAGAAGUUCGUGCAACAACAGGAAUGAGGUAUGCCCUUAAAUGCAUUGACAAAGAUCAUAAUGCGCUUCGCGAGCUGGCCAUUUUGAAGAAGCUCGACCACCCCUUCAUCGUCAAAUUGCACAGCCAGACCAUAUAUCGGUCGAAAAUUGGUCUUUUGUUGGAGCUCGUAUCAGGGUGCGAACUGAUCGAUGCACUCGAGCACGUCGGCGUUGAUCAGGCGGCUUCCUUCUACGCUGGCUGCCUUGUUCUUGCCCUGGGCUAUCUUGCAGACAGAGGCAUUUGCCACCUCGACAUCAAGGCUGAGAACUGCCGCCUCGAUGUGGAGGGUUACCUGAAGCUGCUCGAUUUUGGCAGCGCUGUGGAUGCUCACUGCAAGCAGAGUGGCCUGGUUGGCACCCCGCGAUGCAUGGCGCCAGAGAUUAUCAUUGGCUGCGUGCAUAGCACCAUGUGCGACCUUUGGAGCCUUGGGGUUGUGGUCUACUGGAUCGUUAUCGGAGAUUUCCCAUUCGGGAAAGACAGCGCCGCCACCAAUGAGCAGAUUUAUCAGGAGGUGCUCCAUGCAGAUGUCCACUUCCCAGAAAGGCUUCCACCAUGUGUUGUCGGCCUUCUGCAGGGGCUCCUGACGAAGGACCCGCUGACGCGAUUGGGGCAUGCAGACCUUCAACAUCAUGAUUUCUUUAAGGCAUGUUGUUGGCCAAAGCUCCUGAACAAACAGUACGUCGCGCCAUGGAAGCCGCCUCCUGAGGCAAGCCCCGUUUCUUCUGCUUCUGUUUGCGAGGCAAAGAAGAGAGGGGGAGAGAGAGGGAGAGAGGGAGAGAGCGAGAGAGAGAGAGAGAUAGAGAGAGUGAGAGAGGGAGGGAGAGAGGGAGAGAGAGAGAGAGAGAGUCAUCCCCAAGAUAGCCACAUGAAUGGACUUUACGGUUUGAGGUCAAUGGUUAAGUGUGAUCUCCUCAUGUUAAGCACCCAAGAUUGGUUGAACACGCGUCAGAUGCAGGCAAAACACUUUCAAAUCACAAGCGCUCGCAAUUUCUUGAGUAGCCGAAAGUUGUAA